GCUGUGAAUUUUCGUCAGCUCACUGUUGUAGUUAUGUGGAAUGUGAAAAUGUGGUCAAAGAAAAUUUUGAAAUAAUUAUUAGAUAAGAGAUGUGUUUGAACCAAAAAUUAUGUGAGAAUUUUUUUUCUUGAAGGAGUUUUGAGAAUCAGCUAGAAAUGGCACCAGAGAGGGCACUUACGCCUCAAGAGGAGAAUGUGCCAACUCCAGUAAUGUCAGUACCAGCAAGUCCUGUUGCUGGAAUUCCCAUUCAAAAUGCUCAAUCACCUAUUUCUAUUUUGUUGGCAGUAGCACAAAGUCAAAGCAGAAGUGACGAUGACUUGACUAAUUUGAAUUGGCUUCAUGAGCAUGACUUGUUGAAAGGUAUGAACAUUGAUCCAUCUUCAUCGAAUACUGUUAGCAGCCAUUGUGUGGAAAACAUUGAUAAUAAUAAUACUUUUACUGGAAGAUCACUGAGGGGUUGUUAUGAAGUACCAGAUUCGUUAACCAGCAAUUUGCAUUCUUCCUCUGUCCACCCUAUUCCUCAUCAGACUCCAACCACACUACGAAACAAACAUCCAAAUAAUAUUCCUUAUGAUCCAUUCCAGAAAGGUGCGAAUAUUGGGAAGGGAUCGUUAUGGACAAUAGAUCCUAAAUAUAAACCAAGUUUAAUCCAGGCUCUUAAUAGAUCGCCAAUAAAUUCAUUGUCUACUUUCAACAAUUCAUCAUCUCUGGACUGUUUUUCUAAUAAAUCAUCUACUUCCCAUUCACCAGAUUCAGACCGAUUUCCUUCCUUAGCCAGAGAACUGUCUGAAAAUACCAUCGAUGACUCAGAUUAUAAGGCUAACUUAGAUUCUUUAGAAGCUGUAGAUGCUGCGACUGUGAUGUUGAGUUUAAACCGUGGAACAAGUUUUAAAAAUAUGGAAUGUCCACCAGUUAUUAUGACUUCACCUAGUCAAGAUCAUACAUACAGUUCGGCAGAUAGUGGUAAUUCCAUAAGAAUAGAAUUGGAGCCCCUAGAAUGUGCUAGUUACAGGGUUCCAGGAAAUUGUACCAGACAAAAACUCAGUUUGGAAGAUGAUGAACAACAAAAAAUUAAAGGUGCAGAAACUUUACUGAAUUUAGCUGGAGUAACGUUAAAAAGAAGAUACACUGAUUCAAAUGAUACUUUCGAAGAAUUGCCUAAAAAAGAGAAGAAAUGUCCCCAGUUCGAUAUCAACAAGAAUGAAACUCAAGAAGUGAUGUUUAAAACCUUAAAACCACCUCGAUCAAAAAAGAGAGAGAAAAUUAAAAAACUUAUUACCCGUAAUGGAGAAUUACUUAAUUCAAAACAGGAAGUAAUAUAUAAGGAAGAUAGGUAAUUUAUAAUAUGAAGUUCAUAGAAAAUGGCAAUAUCAUUGUUAUGUAAAAAUAUUUGAAUUGUUGAAAAUUGAUUAUAAUAUAUUUUGUUCCGUUUUCAU